CACCAGCUCAGCCCCUGCUCAACCCAACCAACCCAGAUGUUCCCGUUGCGCGAUUCGAACGGCGGCGAGUGGAGAAAAAUUGGGAGGAGGGAGGGGCCGAGUGCGAACGCCUCCUCACCGCCGCCGCCGCCACCGCCACCGCCACCGCCGGCAUCACCGUCGUCUAGUCGGCUAUAAAACCCUGCCCCCGCUAGCCUUCCCGUCGCAGCCAUCCCCCCUCGCCGAAACCCUAAACCCACCCUCCCGUUAGGUCUUCCCCCGCUUCCAACGAUGGCGGAGGACGCGUCUCCUCCAGCCCCUCAGAUGACGCCUGAGGAAGUGCAGGCUGAGACCGAGCUGCGGCUGCGCGACAUCGGCCAGCGCUUUGGCGCUCUCCCGCAGGAGAAGGAAGAACUGCUCCGGUUACUCUCGGAUGCUGAGACCUGGUUGUCCAGGGUGGACCAAUCCCCGGAUGAGGACAUGCACAACACUCUUCGCCCCACCAUGGCUAUCUUGAUUACAAAUGAGCUACUGGAGCACCCUGAUCCCAACGUGAAGGUUGCUGUUACCUCUUGCUUAACUGAAGUUACCAGGAUUACCGCGCCAGAGGCCCCCUAUGAUGAUGAUGUCAUGAAGGAUGUGUUUAAGAGAAUUGUGGAGGCUUUUGCUGAGUUGGAUGAUAUGAACAGCCCCUCCUUUCAAAGGAGGGUUUCGAUCCUUGAUUCUGUUGCAAGGGUCCGUUGUUGUGUCCUGAUGUUGGAUCUUGACUUGGACCAUCUGAUCCUAGAUAUGUUCCGUCAUUUCUUCAAAACUGCCUCAAUGGGGCACUCAGAACAAGUCACCAACUGUAUGGAAACUAUAAUGGUGUAUGUAAUUCAGGAGAGUGAUGAUGUCCAUGCUGAACUGGCAUCGUGUCUGCUUCAGAAUCUUACAAAAGAAGCACAAGAAACUCUCCCAGCGUCUUUUGGAAUUGCAGAGAGGGUACUAGGCCUAUGCAAGGACAAGCUCAAACCAGUGCUUCUUGAGUUACUUAAGGGCACUCCCUUAGAUGAUUACAGCAAUGUUGUUACGUUGUUGUUCCAAGAUGCUGGAGAAAACAAUGUUGAUGCAUCAGGAAAGGACAUGGCAGCUGAAGGUAAACUUUCUGAGAAGUCUGUUUCUGAUGAGUCCCCGCAGGAAACUUCAAAGUUAGAGCAAGAUGUCAAUUGUGUAGGACAAGAUGGUACUAGUCCAAUCAGUACUCCCGCAACCACCAUUAGCAAUGUUGGCGCUCCAGUUGACAAUGUCAAGUCUCCAGGUGGACCAGCUUCCUCCAAACAGAACCAAGAAGUGCCAUCUGGCGACGAGCAAAUCAAAAUUUCUGAUCAAUUGAUAUCUGGUGACAAAGAAGUGCCAGAACCAGUGACCGCUGAAAAUGAAAAGCUAUCUGAUAUCAGUUCAAAGAAAAGCCACAAGCUUGGUUCUUCCACUGGACCUGAGAUGACUGAACAAUCCAAGGUUGUUAAAGACAAUGAGAGUCUGGUAGCUUCAGAGGAGUUAUCUCCGGAGACAAAUGAUGGUGAUAAAAAGCAGCUCACGGAGACUAGCAAUAGAGCUGCUGCUGAUUCAUCAAAACCAGUCGAUACUAAGCCUGCCGUGGUUAAACCAAAGCGAGGCCGGCCUCCUGCAGCAAAGUCUCAGGAGAAGAAGUCUUUUGGAAAGAAACAAGGAUCAAACAUAGAAUCUGCAAAAGUUGAUGCUGUCAGUGAUUCUGGAGGGAGAGCUACAAGGCGGCUGAAUAAAGAUGAUGCCAAGUCUUUAUCAACUAAGGCUGCUGAAGGAGAAUCUGGGAAGAAGCAACAUAAAGCCAGUAUGAAGUUGCAGAAAGAAGAUGCUGCCUCUGAUAAAGACACUGAUGAGGAUAUCAGUUUGAAGGAAAUGGUGUCCCCAACAAAGAUGGAUAAAUCAAAAGGCCAGCAAGAGGAUAGCGGGGGAUCGAAAAGGAAACAUCUGCAGGAAGCUGAAGAGGCCACUCCAUCGAAGAAAAACAAAAUGCUUGAUGAAAACCUUGUUGGCUCAAGAAUUAAAGUUUGGUGGCCAGAUGACAAAAUGUUCUAUGAGGGUGUUGUUGAAUCAUUUGAUGCCUCUUCAAAAAAGCACAAGGUUGCGUAUGAUGAUGGUGAUGUUGAGGUACUAAUGCUCAGGAAGGAAAAAUGGGAAUGCAUUGUUGAGGAGCAAGAUGAUCCUGAUGCAGCAUCAAAUAUGCCACGUGGCAGAAGAGCCAAAGGGAGCUCAGGGCAGCAAAUGAAGGAAGUAAAGACAGGAACACCUCAAAGUGGCAGUGAUAGUAAGAAUCCUCCCAAGAAGAGAGGGCGUCCAAAAGGUGUGCGCUCCAGCAAUAAUACGCCAAAUUCUGAUAGCCCAGUGACUCCAUCCAAACUGAAGGGGCAAGGUGCAGAGAAGGAUAAUCAAGAGGCACCUAAGACUGGCAGUAACUCUAAGAAGGAAGGUGCAAGGCCCUCUCGGUCCACUGGAAAGGCUAAGGAUGAUGUUGUCAAGGCAAGCAACAAAGAUGAGACUGGUAGUACUGACAACUCAAAGGACGAGGCUGGCAGUGAAGACAAGGAUUCAAAAGAUGAAGUGAAAUCCAGUGAUGUUGAUGGAUCCAAGACCAAUGGUCUGUCAACCAAAAGAAAGCCAAAGGAGAAAGAAGAUGAGUCAUCAGAGGAGGAAGAGAAGGGGUCUGCUAAAACUUUUAUUAGGAAGAAGCGCAGAAGAAAGAGCCGCAACUAGUUGCUCUGAACCUUGCGGUCAGGGGCGUUCCACCCUCAGUCUCAAGAUGUUGGCAUGAGGCAUGCCAUGUAUGCCUUCUACUCCUUAGACCGGGUACCUGCUUAGUGCAAUGGUGAUUGACCAUCAUGAGGUAGCUCGUAGUUAAGUCUUAAACUCUCAAUAGGAGCUGUAAUGUUUGGCGUUACAUUUCUAUUCUCCUUUCCAUUGGCUGUGAAGCCUCUGGCGAAAAUGGAUUUCAUGCUUGCUUUGGUUCAAGCGUUCUUGUUAGGUCGUAAUGCAGUUUGAGUUAUGUUCUAGCAAACAAAAAUGUGUUCCCGUUAUGAAGUGAAUGUUGCAAAAGAAAGUUGGUUCAAGUUUAUAGCAUCU